GAGUUGAUGACCAAACUGAUAACAGAGACUCCAGAUCAUCCAAUCCCGUUUCUCAUUGAUCAUCUGCAGACCAAGCAAGACAGCCCCAGCAAAUUGCACAGAGCUUUCUCUGGAUCAGCAGCUCUGUGGGCGCAGAGCUCCCCAGAAAAUAGAAUCUCUCGGAGAGAGUACAGCAACUUUGAAAAGCCAUGGCAGAUUACUCCAAAGAAGCCUAAAAAGUCAAAGAGUGACCUGGCGGUUUCAAGCAUCUCUCCACCUUCACCAGAAUCCAAGUCCUUGCCACGAUCAGUUGAGUACCCGUCCUGGGAUUGGAGGGAGAGCCGGGAUUUCGAUGAGCUCAGCCACAUCUUGCAAGAGAGCAAAAAGCUUGGCAAAGCCCUGGAGAGCCUGUCACGAAGCAUUGCCAUCUCUGAUGAGCUUGACCAGCACAUUCUAGGCUACAAUUCAGUUCUGCGCCCUCGAGUGGUGGGCGAGUGGGUUGGUCGUGAUGACAACGACGCAGACCCGCUGGCCGCUGAGAUGCUGCACCCUCCGGUCCCUCGAACUAAAACCGAAGCAUGCUGGAGCGGAGAGAACAGCCCCGCUCGGAGCUUGAAAAUGGAAACAAAAAGCAAAGGGCUAAAAGAGCAACAGCAGCAUCACAAGAAGCUGCUGGCAGCCAUGUUGUCCCAGGACUCCUUCGACUCGGUCAACAGUCCUGCUUCUUCUGUCGUAGAAGAAGAGAUCGAAGACGAGGAUGAUGCCAUGGAGCUUUUGGAGGACCUGGAUGACCUGCGGAUGGAGGGCGUAACAGGGCUGGCUCCAUCCGGUAGUAAGUUCAGCCAGGGACGCAGCUCCUAUCAGUCCGAACCACAGGCCAAAGUUACCCUUAACAUCUGCUCUAGGUGUGCCAGGCUGCAGGGAGACACACUAUCAGACAGCCGAUCUGAGGAGGACCACAGGUCUCACAUAUCUGAGCAAGCUGUGCCUGACAUCUCCUCGCCAUUGCCCGGGGUGGACACCAUGGCAGGUCGACUUCAGGAAUGCGAGGCCUUAUCUCAAAUGUCAGGCUCUCGUCAGGCUGUCUGGGAGGCUGAUCUGAAGUCUGCAAGAGGUGGGAGUUCUGUCGGGCAGACGGGGCUGCUGCUUGGCGACUCCCUCUUUUCCAAAGAGCUGGAGAACAUGGGCAAACAGCUCGCUGAGGUUGAGAAAGAUCUGGCCAAGCUGGCAGAAGUUGGAAAGAUGACUACUCGGAGUGCCAAUAGUCCCCACGGGAGCCUACUCCACACCCCACGACGCCACCGUACACUCCCGGACACUCUUCCUCUCACUAGCCUCAUCUCCAGGCCCCAGUCAACAACCAGCGGCCUCUCAGGCAAACCUAGUGGUAUUGGCCUCCCCUUGCUGAGUCCCAAGCCCACCUCCCUAUCCAUGUCCAUGGGCCGGACCCCCAGCAACCCUGGUAGCAGGACUCAAACCCCCAGAACACCCAGUAGGCCCCUGACACCAAACAGCUUACUAAGUCGCUCCUCCUUUAACCCCGGAGCUCAUAAAGAAGUAACAUUCCGGAGGUCGAGAAGCCGACCUGUGACACCAACGUGUCAACCGCCACUUCCUCGACCACUUCUCACCCCUCCAGGACUUAGUACCACAGACAGCCUUGGUGCCAGCCUUCGGGCAUAUCUGUCUGAGGAUGAGUUUUACCAGCAGCUCCAGGCCAUCAGACAGCCGUGGCAUAUUCCCAGUGACACAGACAGUGACAUCAUGGAACCUCCUGAACAGGACAAAAGUAGUUCACGGGAUGCCAAUAAAAGAUCAGUGUUUUCAGGCCUAUAGUGAUGAAGACCAGAAGACCUCAUCGAAUCAAACAAUUAUGCAAAACAACGGACAUUUUGAAUAACUGUUCAAAGAUAAUUAUUUUUAUAAAGCGUAUGAAUGAAAAUAAUAAAAAAGAUUGUAUACUUUUUCACCCUGUUUCAUAAGGAUUGUAUUGUUUAUCAUGUAGCAGGAUGAUAAACUAAGAAAAUAUUACUUGAAACAAAGGGAUAUGCUGUGUAUUGUCUGUGCAUUGAAGCAUGAUAUUGAGCUUGUGUAUGGAGAACAGAAAUGAGAUGUAAUGUUUGUUUUCUGAUUGAUUCCUUUUUAGGCCUAGUACAGAUUUACAUUGUCAGGACAGCACACCCAUAUCAUGAAGACAUUACUGGACAUGGACUGUUAAAAGAAUUUGUGCUUUUCAGAUAGAAAAUACGUUGUAGAAAGGAAAACAUGGA